CGACAUGCUUCAUACUACACAACAAUUGUUUGAAAAAUAAAAAUCUUCCAGUUUACAAAAGUAACUUUCAUCAGUAAACAAGCGUGGGUCCUAAAAUAGCCCUCAAAAGAAAAAAUAAUUAUUGAUAGUGAUAUUCCAUGGCAACGGCCAACGAAAGCGAUAAUAACUUGAUAAUUUGUUACAUAUAGGUAUAAUUAAAAUUUUCAAGGAUUUGCAUUUUUACUGCGAUUUAUGCUUGCAUUUAUGGCGUACCUAGUGAAGAUCCAAUCAAGAAAACUUUUAGUGCUAUAAUUCGGUAUAGUAAGUUCAAAGUACUAAAGAUAAGUGCGUAUGGUAUAAAAUACGUCCCCCUAAAUUCGGUACGCUUGGACUUAAGCUCUUGUGAAAAUGGAGAACUUCGAAGAUGAAAUUCGUUACGAGAACAAUAUCAUAUAUACUGAAGGUCUCGAUGACGAACCCGACUCUAGAGGAGUGGGUUGUGCAUAUUUUGAUCAAAUGCUGAAAAAUAAAGAUCUUUUAGCUCAAGUCGAUGGAUUUACAAAAGAAAAAGAUACAUUUGGUUCGCUUUUGAAAAAAUGCGUACGGACGUCCAUCUGGUUAACAGAAAUUGGAUUGCAAUACGGCGACGUGGUAUCGCUAUGCAGUAAUGGUCACUUAAACAGUUGCGUCGCUCACAUAUCAGCGUAUUUUACUGGGGCAAAGGUAGCAGCUUUAAAUCCAAGUUUUUCACUUGCCGAAUCAGUCCACCUAUUCCGCCAAGUGAUGCCAAAGGUGAUAUUUGUGGGACAUGAAUCGGUGACUCUUAUAGAGAAUGUUAUAAAAGAAGUCGGCGCCAAUACUACAAUGGUAGUUUUCGGGCCUACUGAUACCCACGUAGCAUUCAGUGAUCUAAUUCAACCCAAACUCAACGAAUCAUUGUUCAAACCUGUUGAAGUGCACGACCUGAAAGACGUUGCCUUAAUUUGGUUCAGCAGUGGAACCACAGGGUUACCAAAGGGAAUUUGUCACACUCACUAUUCCAUUUUGAAAGCAGCCGAACUUAUAAGAGGUCAAGACUUCCGAAAUGAGCUGAUAUAUACUAAUUACAUCCCUUAUUGGAACGUAUUUGUGUUUUACUUGCACCAGUCGAUUUAUACUAAAGGUGCAAGGUUAUUGGUUCCUCGAUUCGAUAUUACCAACCCAUGGGAUAUGUUCAGUUACAUGGCAACUUGGGUAAUACUUGAUAUAACCAGUUCGUUAGCAUUGUGUCGUACUCCAAAACCUAAGAACGUAGAUUUGAGGAGCUUGAAAAGUAUAUUGGUGGCCGGUACCACAAUAUACGAAGAACAGUUAGAGGAGAUAAGGGAGACCUUUCCGAACGUGUUUGUUUCACAAAUGUAUGGGGAGAGUGAGGUUUUUUCCCCUCUUACAUAUUUUGACCUUGCCAAAGCAAAACACGUACACUUUUUACAUACCAAAAAGGGAUCGUGCGGAUUACCAAUGCGAGGAACUUGCUACAAGGUGGUAGAUCCAGAUACAGAUAAAGUGCUUGGACCGAACCAAAAAGGGGAAAUUCGCGUAAAAUCCCAAAUGCAACUUGGUGGCUAUUAUAAUUUAGAUUCAAGUGGCAUUUGGGAUUCUGACGGUUGGUUAAAAACUGGCGAUUAUGGCUACUAUGACGAAGAUUAUUGCUUUUACGUGAUUGAUCGUCUGAAAGAAAUGUUCCCAUAUCGCGUGAAACACAUUACUCCAGCUUCGAUAGAAAACGUUAUCAACACCCAUCCUGCAGUGUUAAAAUCUGUAGUAAUCGGAAUACCACAUUAUAUCGACAAUCAUCAUGCUAUGGCUUUAGUAGUAUUAAAACCUGGCCUUCCAAAUGUAACUGGCGAGGAAAUUCAAAAGUAUGUCGAAGACAGAUUAGAUGACCCUUUUCAUCUAAGAGCGGGUGUAAAAUUUGUUGAGAAUUUUCCUAUGACUCCAUCUGGGAAAGUCCAUCGGUUAAAGUUAAAAGAAAUGGUUUUCAACGAAUUGUAACCUCGAUUGCUCGUUUGUUUAUUAAUUUGGAAGUUUUUAGACUGUAACUAAUUUUUUAGAACUAUAGUUCUUAUGUUAUGUUUUGUGUGUUGUGUCGAUUUUUAAACAGUUUCACUAAUCACGUUCAUUUAUUUGGAAUAGUACAGACUACAGAGACAGGGUAUACCACAAACAUAGUUAUCUAUAACUUCUAUCAUUGUUUAAAUUUUAAACAAUGCUUUUCUCUCUAUAUAAAAAUCUUCUGUUCUAUGUAUAAUAAAGUUUAAAAAAAUGCGCUAUUGUGGCC